AUGCGUCUUUUACUUCUGAUUGCUUUUCUACUCAGUUUGCUUCGAGCUGAUGCAUCUGAUGUCGUGGCUGCCACAGUUGAUGACUUUGACAGUGUUAUAAAGAAGGGUGAGAUCGCGCUUGUUAAGUUCUACGCCCCAUGGUGUGGUCACUGCCAGAAACUUGCUCCCGAGUGGGAAAAGGCUGCCAAGGAGGUUCCAGGCGAGGCUAUCAUGGUAGACGUUGAUUGUACAAAGGAAACUAAAUUGGCCGAGAAGUACUCAAUCAAGGGCUUCCCUACGAUUAUUCUCUUCCGCAACGGUGAGGAAGUGGAAACGUACAAAGGCGCUCGUCAAAGCGAUGCGAUUGUAAAAUAUAUCAAGGCAAAUGUUGGUCCAGCUGCCGUUUACCCCACAACAGCGGAAGAAGUUGAAAAGCUUAAAGAAGAACACGAAAUCCUCUGUGUUGGUCUGACGUCUGACGCUGAGUCACCUCUUGCAAAAGAACUUCUUUCAGUUGCUCAGCGCCUCCGAAUGAAAAUGAAGUUUGCUAUUGUAACAAAACCGGAAAUUGUACCGGGUGAGAAGGCUGAAACUGUCGUUGUUUACAGAAAGGAUGAUGAAAAGGAAGUAUAUCAAGGGAAUAUGGAAGCAGAUAAUCUGAAGAAUUUUCUUGAGACUGCUGUUGUUCCCUUCGCUGGGGAAAUUGGCCCUGCAAAUUACCUCAGAUACGCAGAAUUAUCUAAGCCAGUUGGUUGGGUUUUGCUAAAACCCAAGGAAGAACUUUCUAAAGAGUUACAACCUAAACUUUUGGAGGUUGGAAAGAAAAUGCGACAGCAUUUGGCAAUUCUUUGGGUCGAUGCUGAGCAGUAUCCUGUAUGGAAGAACCUUGGUGUCUCGGAGGAUGCUAAGUAUCCUGCUUUUGUUAUUGCCAAAGGGGACAAACACCAUGUCCUUCCAACUUCAGAACCGGCGACGGUGGAAUCUAUUGAGGAAUUCAUUGUAAAAUAUGCAGAGGGAAAAACAGAUGCGGAGCUUAAAUCCCAACCUGUUCCUGAAGUUGAAACAGUUGAUGGUCUUACUACUAUUGUUGGAAAGACUAUGAAUAAAUAUUUAUCAUCAGGAAAAGAUAUUUUAAUUGAGUUCUUUGCUCCUUGGUGCGGGCAUUGUAAAAAUUUUGCUGGUACUUACGCAAAGGUUGCGAAGGAAUUUGAAUCUUCAGAUGUUAUAAUUGCUGCAAUUGAUGCUACCGCUAAUGAUGUGGACCGUUCUUUGUUUGAUGUGACUGGUUUUCCUACCCUUUACUUCGUCCCCAGUGGAGGAAAACCCAUUCUCUACAACGGAGAUCGUACCUUUUACGACCUAUAUAAGUUUAUUCGUGAUCACAGCUCAUCCUUCAAGGAUGAUAAGGGCGCAUCUGUUCCAAAGGAAGAAAAGAAGGAAGAAGUGCGCAGCGAUGAGGAUAGAGGUGAUUUAUGA